CUGGGAGGGAAGAGAGACCGGAAAGGCGAGAGGUAGGAUCCGAAGGUUGAUCUCUGGAUCAAAGCGAAAGGCAACACUUGCUGGAUCCGGAUCUCCAUUGCUGCUUUUUUUCCCCCUCCUUCUCCUCUUUCGCUCAACUGGAAUGCAAGAUGGAGACGCCGCUGGAAGAAGCUUUGGGCGUGAUGGUGGAAACCUUUUACAAAUAUUCAGCCAAGGAGGGAGACAGGUACAAGAUCAGCAGGAAAGAGAUGAAGGAGCUGCUGCUGGAGGAAAUGCCCAAUUUCGUCAAGAAGAAAAAGGACGAAUCCACGUUUCAAAAAAUCAUGAGCAAUCUGGAUUCCAACAAGGACAACCAAGUGGAUUUCCAAGAAUACGCCACCUUCCUCGCUUGCAUCGCCAUGGCGUGCAAUGAUUUUUUUCACGGAUUCCCGGACAAGAUGCCGCGGCAGAAAUGAAGCUGGGAAGGGCGGGGGGGCGUGCGACACCCGAGCAGGCCGGCGUACAAGACGGGCGGGCAGAGUUCACAGGUGUGUG